GGCUGCUUCCCACCCCACCGUUGUCCGUCGAGACGUCGCGCCGAAGACCAUGGCUCAAUCUCUUCAGUCUAUCCAACCGCUAUUCAGCCAGUUGUGGCCCUCGACAAGAGAUAAGAUCAUAGGUAAAUCUCCACCAUGAGCGGAAGAAAGAUGACCCCUCGGGGUCAAAUGAGCCGUGGCGCCAACUCGGGUCCGGCCAUUAUGCUGAUGCCACCCCAUAUCCGUGCUACCUUUAUGCCAGCGCCACCGCUCAAGCCGCUGCCGAUCCCCAAGAACAAGCGUAAGCAUACGUGGACGGGUGUCGCCCAGUACAUGAAGUUGUUUGAGAAAGGUCCACCGCCUCCUCGCAAAGAAAAUCCCACUCCGCAAGCCUUGAAAAAGGCGAAACAAGAACAAAAGAAAAAAGAGCACGAGGCCAAAUUGGAACCGCUCACGGAAUCUUAUCGCAAGGAACAGCGUAAAAGCAAAGGAGAAUAUGCGGGCAUGAAUUGCUACCAGACACUCUUUGUGGGACGAUUGGCCUAUGAAGUGACGGAGCGCAAGCUGUUGCGGGAAAUGGAAUCCUUUGGCCACAUUAAAGAUAUCAAAAUUGUCAAGGAUCGUGAUGGAAAGUCGAGAGGAUAUGCCUUUAUCGAAUACGAGAAUGAAGAAGACAUGAAACGAGCCUAUCGAGCAGCAGAUGGAAUGAGAAUUGAAGGACGGGAGGUUGUCGCAGAUGUGGAACGUGGCCAUACCGUUCCUACGUGGCUGCCUCGUCGUCUCGGUGGAGGACUGGGUGGUACCAGGUUGGGUGGAAAGGACAAGAAUGUCCGCUAUCCAGGGCGCUACGAUCCCUCUCGCCCAGAAGCCAAUCGCCCCACGAUGGGUAUGGGGGGACCGCCUCCAGGCAUGGGCCGUGGAGGGCCACCUCCUGGAUUUGGUGGACCUCCUCCCGGUGGAUAUUACGACAAUUACGGACAUGGAGGGCCUCCCGGUGGUGGUGGUGGUUAUGGUCGUGGAGGCGGCGAUCGUUAUGGCGGUGGUCCUCCUCCUGGUGGACGUGAUUGGGACCGAAGAGGAGGUGGCGGCGGCGGCGAUCGAUAUGGAGGAAGUAGUGGUGGUGGUGGGAAUGAUAGGUACAGUGACAGGGAUCGAGACCGUGACCGCAAACGCCGCCGUUCCCGUAGCCGAAGUCCCGACAGGCGCCACAGCAGCAGCCGCCGUCGAUACUAGAAAGAAAUUGCUUGUCUUGUUUGGUUGAGUGUCUGUUGGAGAACUCCACAAUCUACUCUUCAUCAUCAUCUUCUGCUUCCAUCAUGACUUCUACAGCAUUCUCCACACACGCCCAGACUCGAUCUGCGUCCUCCUCUGUUAUGAUACUAACGUAUGGGGUGUUCAUGUGUCGAGUGCAUUGGAUCAUUCAACAAAGCAAAAAGUCAGACAAUAUUUGUGAGAUAAAGAUGGCACCACGCUGCAAGGUGUCCUUUGUGGUGUUCUUUGUCCCGUUGUUAGCAACUUACUUGUGGAAGCUAGUAAUGAAAAAGAAAAAGAAAACAUUUUGUUAGAAAGUGGAUGGAACUGUAGUAGGGUGGAGAAAAUUGUGAAGUAACAUGUUCCAAUGCUACCCAUUAAUUUUCAGACACUCACCAAGAAGCUCCAAAUUCGUCCUGCGUCAUUCCUUCCAGAGCUACAGUACCGUAAUAGUCUUCAUGUUCGACUCCCACACAGGGUCCAAAUUUGCAGGAUCCCAAACAGGGAGCCUCUUCGACUUGCAUGGUUUCGGGAAACGACUUUUUGGCUCUACUGUAGAAAGCGCCAAAGGUUGCCAAGUCAUCCAUUCCAAACGUUUUUCUUCUCUUGGAACACGCUGUGGAAGUGCAAGUCAAUACUUUGAACUUGG